AUGGCCGAUAAAAUAAAAUUACUUAUUCAAAAGCGAACUUCAUUGAAGUCACAAAUUACAAUCUUAAUGAAUGCACUCGAUAAGGGCGGAGUGGACAAUUCCUCAUUGAAAUUACGGAUGAAUCGUUUAUCAGAAUUAUAUCGAGCGUUCGAAGAUUACAACGAUGAACUCGCGGUAUUAGAUCCGAGUGACGCGCAUCAAAAUGAAUUUUUAGGCUUGCAAGAACGAUAUUAUGCGAUCGCGAGUAGGGUAGAAGAUAUUUUAUAUUCGUCGAACACUUUGGUAACCGAAGCGAGCGGAUCGUCCGGCGCGACUCGAAGCGAUAGUGUAGCGUCAACAACCGUCAUUAAAAAACGAUGUAUUAAGCUUCCCGACGCCUCCUUGCCAACGUUCGACGGCAAAUAUGAAAAUUGGCUAUCGUUUAAAAAUACCUUUAGUAACAUGAUAGGUUCACAAGCAGAUUUAUCAGAUGUGGACAAACUACAUUAUCUAAAGUCAGCUCUAACCGGCGAGGCAUCUAGCAAAAUACGAAUAUUCACGAUAGAUGGAAUUAACUAUACAAAGGCAUAG